GGGUCAAAUGUAUUUUUGUGGGAUAUCCCUACCCACAAAAGGGUUGGAAAUUGUACGAUCUCGAAAAACAACGUUAUUUUGUUUCUAGAGAUGUUACAUUUGAUGAAACUCAAUUUCCCUAUGCCGAGCUGGAGUUGACUUCAUCAGCUGGUACCUCCCAGCAUGUUGAGAAUGUACGGCCUUCCCAUGCAGUUGAUGACAUCGACGAUGAAUAUUCAAAGCACACAGGAGCUCAACUGGAGCAUGCCGAACCACCUCACGAAGAACAAUUUGGAACUGAUGUCACAGGUCAGCAAGUAAUUGCGGGUACUGACACUUCUAUCGAGCCAAUUACUAUCCAGGAAAGUGGAAAUUCCCACACGUCACAAUCUGAACAAUCCAAUAUUCAAAACGACAACCAGUAUGGCACCGGGACUACAUAGUGGAAGAAAAUAGAUACUCCACCCGUUGCUAGCUCGUCUCGACCGGUUGACUCAGGUACUCCGUAUCUCUUAUCUUAUUAUUAAAUUAUAAUCGUUUUUCGGUAGAACACCGUGCUUUUCUUGCAUCCAUUUCAACCACCAAGGAAGCGAACACGUUCCGAGAAGCCGUCCUUGACCCAAAUUGGUGUGCUGCCAUGCAAAAGGAGAUUGAUGCGCUGGAGCGCACUCGGACAUGGAAACUACAGUCUCUUCCCCCUGGUAAGAAACCUAUUUACUGUAAAUGGGUGUAUAAAAUCAAGGGAGGAGUACGGAAAAAGUACUUGUGGUUGAGCCCGUUUUCAGAUAGGGUCAUAUGUUUCAUUCUUUAUCAAAGUGGUUCAUGUUUUUGAAUUCCGUUAUCACAAAAGGGUCAUGUCAUUAAAAACGUCUGAAAAGGACCGUUAAAAGUAACUCCGCUUUUCAAAAGUGCCCGAAAAAUUAAAAGAAAAAUACUGGAAGGUGCGCUUCAAUAAGACGACCGCUAGACCAUCUUUCUUUUUUGUUUUCAGCCACCCUUGUCACCGGAAAUUUCAUCGGAAAAGUGAUAUUAGCGAAAUCAUUUUUAAAAAAUAAUUCAAACUCAUCUGGAAAAUCCAAAUGCGAAGGUGGUUUGGAGGUCAUCUUGACGAUGCGCACCUUUCAGUAUUUUUAUUUUAAUUUUUCGGGCACUUUUGAAAAUCAGAGUUACUUUUAACGUUCUUUUUCAGACGUUUUUAACGGCGUGACCCUCUUGUGAUAACGGAAUUCAAACACAUGAACUACUUUGAUAAAGAAUGAAACACAUGACCUUAUCUGAAAACGGGCCCAACCACAAGUACCUUUUCUGUACUUUUCCCUGAAAUCAAAUACUGAAGUGAUGGGAGCAUUGAUCGUUACAAAGCACAAUUAGUACUAUGUGGAAAUCGUCAGGUACAGGGUAUUGACUAUGAUGAAAUGUUCGCUCCGGUGGCCAAAAUGGUAACGGUGUGUACUCUUUUGGCCAUCGCUGCUUCACGUAAUUGGGAGACUCAUCAAAUGGAUGUGGACAAUGCCUUCUUACAUGGUAACCUUCAGGAGGAGGUGUACAUGCAUUUGCCUCCAGGAUAUUCUUCUGCCAAAUCUGGGCAGGUGUGCAAACUGCUCCGGUCUCUUUAUGGGUUGCGUCAAGCUCCCCGGUGUUGGUUCUCAAAAUUGACCACGACCCUUAUUGCUUAUGGAUUCUCCCAAUCCCAUGUUGAUUAUUCAUUAUUUACUCUUCACCGUGGUGAACACAUUUUAUGCAUUCUUGUUUAUGUUGAUGAUUUGCUUAUUACGGGUUCUAGCUCUCAAAUGAUUUGUUCUUUUAAGUCUUAUUUGGCUCACAAGUUUCCUAUCAAAGAUUUGGGUUCUGUGAAGUAUUUUCUUGGCCUAAAAGUUGCACGGGGUCCGCCCUGAAUUUUUUUGUAUCAAACAAAAUAUGUAUUGGAUAUUUUGGCUGAGACAGGUCUCACAAGAGCUAAACCCGCUGAAUUUUCAUAUGUCCCACAUCAUGCAAGCACCUCGGCAAGCCCACUGGGACGCAAUUAUCUGAGUACUCCGCUACCUCAAGGGUCGGCCGGGCCAAGGGCUGCUAUUCCGGCGCGACUCACCAUUUACUCUCCUUGGCUAUUGUGACUCUGAUCGGGCUAGUUGUCCCAAUACACGUCGUUCUGUUACAGGGUAUUUUGUGACACUGGGCGGAUCAUCUAUAUCUUGGCGCACAAAGAAACAAGCUACAGUCUCCAGAUAUUCUGCUGAAGCAAAGUAUCACUCUAUGGCUACUCUUACUUGUGAACUAUUAUGGCUUAAAAGCCUUUUUUCGUCACUUCGUAUUAAGAUCGCAUCAAUCCAGCUCUUCUGUGACAACAAGGCAGCGCUUCAUAUUGCUUUCAAUCCUGUGUUCCAUGAGCGUACUAAGCAUAUUGAGCUCGACUGUCAUUUCAUUCGAGAUCAUGUGAGGUCUGGUGCUAUCAUUCCUUCCUACACUUCAACUUCGGAGCAAUUAACGGAUAUUUUCACCAAAGCUUUGGGCUCGGGACAAUUUCAUUUUCUUCUAGCCAAGAUGGGCAUUCAUGACCCAUGCUCCAUCUUGAGGGGGGUGUUAUAUUUUGUGUACAUAAUAUUUUGUGUAUUAUCCUUAUACACGGCAUGUACCUAGUUGGCUUUAGUUUUUCUAUAGAAAUACGGGUUUAGUUUUUGUAUAGAAAUACACUUCUUAGGCCGGUGUUUAUUGGCACUAGGACUGUAGCUGUAUUGUUGGGCCGGUGUUUUUCCUUGAAAUUUAAUGAUUGGGCCGAAUAUGUUUCCUACGCUUGGGCUGCUUGGUAAUUCACGUAAAGAAGGAUACUAAAGUUCAAAUGAGAUAAAGCUUCAUGGAACAAUUAUUUUGGUUGAGUCAGAAUAAUGGAUAAGGGGAGCCAACUAUACGUGGAGAGAAAAACGGAGUCAGGCGCACAACUUGAUGAAGGGGUUGCGAUCAGUUGAAUAAAUAAUCAUUUGAACAGCUAUGCACAGCACGAUCACUAGAUCACACG